UCUCAUACUUCCAACUUUCAUCGUUUUCUCUUGCUUUUGGACAAAAAAAUCGUUGACGUUGAAUAUAAUUUAGCGUGUGUUCGUUUUGGAUUUUUGUUUUGUAUUGUUUCGCUGGUUUUCAGGAAUGAACGGAGUAGAGAGAGUUACAUGAACGAAAACAUUCGUUCUGGUUUCGUGAAUCUAAUCCUAUCGUAGCUAGCAACAGCGUUUCUCUCACUCACUCACUCACUCACUCACCAUGUGUAUGUGGAUUUCUUCUCAACAUUUGCUUCUCUGAUACUCUUCUUCGGAAAUUGAAAUUAGGGUUUCAAAACCUCCUACAGUGCUUCCCAUUUUUAAUUACUGGCUUUAGGUCAGGGAAGCUGACUUGAUUUGGAUAUAAUGUCGUCACCGUAUCCGAUUCUCGACGAUAAACCCAUCGAUCAGUGGAGGGUUACGGAGCUAAAAGAGGAGUUAAAGAGAAGGAAACUAACCACCAAAGGUUUAAAGGAUGAUUUGAUCAAGCGUUUGGAUCAAGCUCUUCGCCUUGAAAGGGAUGGUGCUGAUGGUUCUGGUUCUCAGAAGGAUGAGGUUAAUGGUUUGGAUGGUGAUAUAGCUGAGCUGAACGAUUCACAUAUGAAGACUGCAGUUGGUCUUGAAGUAGUUGAUACAGCUGGAAAGGGAAGUGCAGCUGUAGUUGAACCAAUGGAAAAAGAAAAUGCAGGAAUGAGUCCUGAGGUUGUGCAUGAUGACAGCAAAAAGAGUGACGAUGUCGUCCCGGUUGACAUUGACGGUGGUGUCUUGCGGGCGGUGGACCAAGCAGUGCGAUAUACGGACUUUCCAGCUGGUGUAGAUUCUACAAAUGGGAGAGAGGAGCUAACUACCCACACUUCUACGACAGAGACCACCGUUACGGUCACUGAAAGUGUCUUAACAGAAGAAGUAGUCAGUGGUCAGGAUUCUGUUAGUGCUGAACCACAAAGCAUUCAUGAUCAGGAUUCUGUUACAAUGCAGGAGAAUGAGGAGUCCAAGGCUGGGAUGGAUGAAGACUCAAAGCCUCAGCUGGAUUGUGACCUAAAGCCCUUGUGCGAGGAUCUCACACCCAACUCUUCUCUUCCUGAAAAUCAGGUAUCUGAGGUCAACCCUAGUUUAGGGUCUCACCUAAAAUCUGAUUCUAUUUCUAGUAAUUCUGUGUCAAUUAAUCAAAAGAAUGAACUAAAGGAUACUAUAAUUGCUGAUAAUGUUAAAUUAGAGGAAGAUAUUGUUAGGCCAGAGAUGGUGGAAGAACCAUCAUCAAAUAAUGAUAUCCCAGGUCAUGAUGUAUCACAUUCGAUGGAUGUUGGAGAGCCACAUAAGAAAAAGACACCUGUUGAGGAAAAUAGCUAUAAUAAUAAAAGUCCAAACCUGAACAAGCCCAAUAGCAGUGAAGAUGUUGAGUAUCCAGAAAAGUUAAACUUGGAUAGAAGUUCUGGUGAUGAUUCCAUGGAAGAGGAUUUGCCUGAGAGCAAGCAAUAUGAUUCUAAGUUUAAUGUUGAUGAACUUAGAGACAAGGGGGAGAGUGUUGAAGUGUCUAUAUUGAAGGAAGAAGGUCGUACUGCAGUUGUCGGAGAUGGUCUAUCUCCAGACAGAGGUGAUACUCACCAUGAUAAUGAAAUUCCUCCUGUUUCCCUUGUUGAGAAACGAAAGUCUCAUGAUCAAGCUUCUGCUGGGAACAAUGAGCCUGCAAAACGGCAACGAAGGUGGAACUCUGAAACAGUUAAAGGUUCAGAUCAACAAGUUCCGAGCCUCAGACCUGCUACUACAAGAAAGGAUGAGCCAAUUGCUUCAAAAGGCAAGUUCUCUAGGUUGGAUUCCUCAACAAUUGAUGAUGCACCCAAAGAACGCAUUGUUCCACCAUCACAAAGGGCCCCGACAUGUUCCCUCAGGAUUGAUCGUUUCCUCCGUCCAUUUACCUUAAAAGCAGUACAAGAGCUUCUUGGUAAAACUGGAAAUGUCAUCAGUUUCUGGAUGGACCAAAUAAAGACCCAUUGCUAUGUAACUUACUCAUCUGUCGAGGAAGCCAUUGAAACACGAAAUGCUGUGUAUAAUCUGCAAUGGCCUCGAAAUGGCGGACACCUUUUAGUUGCUGAGUAUGUGGAUCCUCAAGAAGUGAAAAUGAAGCUAGAACCUACUCCUGCUGUGGUUAUCCCUGUCAGCAACGAUUUAACAGCUCAUCCUGCAACACCUUCCUCUAAGCCAGAGCCUCCCCCCCUUCAGCACAGUGAAGAGCCUUCGUUUCCAGCUAUGCUCCUCCCUCCUCCACCACCGCUUUCAAAGCUACCACCAGCAGCAAGAGAACGUCUUCCCCCGCCUCCACCCCCAGAGAAAGUUGACCGACCUAUUGUCACACUUGAUGAUCUCUUUCGUAAAACCAGUGCAGCUCCUCGAAUUUACUAUUUACCUUUAUCUGAAGAGCAAGUUGCAGCAAAACUUGCAGUACAGGGAAAGAGCAUCAUUAAGCAGUAGGCCAUGAGUGUAACGAUUCUUCCCUGGCUACUUUUGGGAUUUUCUUAAUUUUUUGGCUUUGUAAAUGCACUUAUUGUUGUUGCCAGUGGUUACUUUCUGGUUCUUGAUAUUGUUACAUGGUACCUGCCUUUUAGUGUUAGAACGGCACAAACUAAGAGCUGCUUGAGUGAUAAUUUUUGCAUGCUGUUUGAACUAAUUGAAGUGAACCUUUCCCCAGA